AUGAAGGAGUUCCCCAUAAUUCUGGAGACCACCGGGUCCGAGCUAUUCGAGGAAUGUAUCACACAGUCAGACGCCGACGGUGGGCCCUCAGAAGGCCCACAUGACGACCUUUCCAUUCUCAUGGAAGAUGCAUCUAUGCCGAUAGCCGUGAUUGGGAUGGGCUUUCGUGGGCCCGCCGAUGCAACAGACACAAAUAGGUUAUGGCAGAUGAUGGUUGAAAAAAGAGAAGCAUGGUCGCCGGUCCCGAAAGAGCGAUGGAAUAGUAAAGCAUUCUACCACCCAGAUCAUGCGCGGCAUGGCACGAUCAAUGUGGAAGGGGGCCACUUCAUGACCGAGGAUUUAUCACUGUUCGACGCACCAUUUUUUAACAUGACCGGUGAUGAAGCAGCAGCGAUGGAUCCUCAACAAAGGUUGUUGUUGGAGGUCACAUACGAGUGUCUAGAGAAUGCUGGAAUUCCAUUGAAUCGAGUAAUGGGAACUCAAACAUCAUGUUUCGUGGGUUCAUUCUGCACAGAUUAUACGGACCUUGUCCUCCGAGACCCCGAGUGCGUGCCUAUGUACCAGUGCACAAAUGCCGGACAAUCGCGCGCGAUGAUGGCAAAUCGAGUUUCAUACUUCUUUGACCUGAAAGGUCCCAGCGUCACAGUGGAUACAGCUUGCUCUGGUAGCUUGGUGGCACUACAUCUCGCGUGUCAAAGUCUUCGGACAGAAGAUGCAUCGAUGGCCAUCGCAGCAGGGGUGAACCUGAUUCUCAGUCAUGAGUUCAUGUCCACGAUGAGCAUGAUGAGAUUUCUCUCCCCAGAAGGACGCUGCCAUACAUUUGAUGAGAAAGCCAAUGGAUAUGCUCGCGGUGAGGCCAUUGCCUGCCUUGUAUUGAAACCACUAGCCAGCGCACUUCGUGACGGAGACACGAUCCGAGCGGUAAUUCGCGGAACAGGUUCAAAUCAAGAUGGUCGCACGCCUGGGAUCACACUGCCAAGUGGAACUGCCCAAGAAGCGCUGAUUCGAGACGUCUAUGCUCGGGCAGGUCUUUGCCCGAGUGAAACGGAGGUUGUUGAGGCACAUGGGACAGGUACACAAGCUGGUGAUCCAGUCGAGAUUGGUGCUAUAGCCAGAUCAUUUGAGCUUGGAAGUGACCCUGACCGGGUAUUACGGAUCGGAUCGAUCAAAACGAAUGUUGGUCAUCUUGAGGGCGCGAGUGGGGUGGCUAGUGUUAUCAAGGCUAUCUUGAUGCUAGAGAAUCGGAUUAUUCUACCGAGUCGUAAUUUUGAGACUUCAAAUCCUCGAAUCUCAUUUGAGGAGUGGAAUUUGAAAGUUCCACAAGCCCCAGAACCAUGGAAGACGCCUGGAUCGCAUCGGGUGUCAGUCAAUAGCUUUGGGUAUGGUGGUACCAAUGCUCAUGUCAUUGUGGAGGAUGCGUUAAGCUAUCUAUCAGAACGGGGUCUACAGCGAUGGUUUCAAAGCCUGUCUCACACAACACAAAGUGACCAGCUCGUGGACGGACAAGCGGAGUUCUCGAAGGCCCCGUGGCAAAGAGUUUUCAUGAUCUCUGGAUUUGACGAGUCAUCUUGUAAAUCCCAGAUUGCGACAUUACGUGAAUAUCUCGAAUCGAAGAUGGACUUUGUCCACGACGACUUCUUGGAUGACCUUGCCUUCACGCUCAACGAGCACCGAUCGAGUUUCAUGUGGAAGGCCGCGGUGAUGGGCGCGUCCCUAUCAGAUCUACAUGCCUCUCUAUCAGAUAGCCUCAGCAUUCGAUGCUCAGCUCAGAGACCCGCUGUAGCAUUCGUUUUCACCGGACAAGGAGCUCAGUGGGCGGGGAUGGGCAAGGAGCUACUUCACAGAUAUCCGGUGUUCUGGCAGUCAAUAUCCAGGAUCGAUAAUUAUCUAGCAGAGAUAGGAGCCCCGUUUUACGUAUCAGGUGAGGUUAAUACUUUACCCCAAAUACCGCAUCAUUUUCAGAUGACUGACAUCCUGAGCGGUCAUUUAGAGGAACUUUCCAGAAGUGCAGACGACUCUCAGUUAAAUCACCCACUCCUGAGCCAAACCAUAUGCUCAGCCUUACAGAUCGCUCUCGUCGACCUGCUUGCAACCUGGAAUGUAUAUCCUAGCUCAGUGACUGGACACUCCAGUGGUGAGAUUGCCGCUGCAUAUGCCUGCGGCGCACUCGGCAUGGAAGAUGCCAUGGCGGUGGCAUAUUUUCGAGGCGUUGCGGCCAGCCAACUUCUCAUUUCUCCAACUGUAAAAGGAGCGAUGAUUGCGGUUGGGAGUUCAGAUGAGGCUAUUCAGACAUACCUGAGCAGGUUAACCGCUGGCAAGGCCGUUGUGGCUUGCAUCAACAGCCCGUCCAGUGUGACCGUAUCUGGGGAUGUGGCUGCAAUUGAAGAAUUGACAGAAAUGUUGAAAGCACCAGCUGUGUUUUCCCGCCGUCUAGCGGUUGACGUUGCCUACCACUCCCAUCACAUGGAAAUAGUCACCAACGAAUAUCUCAGCCGUAUCGAGCAUAUAUCGCCUCACCAUGACAACGCACUCACACCGCACCUCAGUAAAGUCUCCAUGUUCUCGUCCGUCACCGGAACCGAAGUUCAGAUCAACGAGAUGGGUCCUCAAUACUGGAUAUCAAACCUCCUGGGGCAAGUAAAAUUUUCUGAGGCUCUCAGAACUCUAUGUUUCGAGACAGGUAGUCAACAAAGUAUGGCGGGUCUGAUAGUCCGAAGACGAGGAAAGAGACAAGGCGCUGCACAGAAACCCAGUGUGGAUUGCCUACUGGAGAUUGGUCCCCAUUCCGCGCUUGCUGGCCCAAUUAAGCAGAUUCUACAAGAUGACACUAAGCUUCGAACAGUGGACAUCACUUACCUGAGCAUACUUUCCAGAAAAAAUAAUGCUGUUUCUUCAGCUCUUCACGCAGUAUCUACACUCGCAACGAUGAGUUACCCGUUGGACCUCCGAGCAAUAAACUUUCCAAAGGGUGUUGGGCCGGGAAAUAAACCGCAGCUUCUUGUGGACAUGCCAUCCUACAGAUGGAAUCACACCAAAUCUUACUGGGCGGAGCCACGGAUGAGCAAAAAUUAUCGAAAGCGCGAGUAUCCUCGUACAGAUCUUCUUGGUGCGCCAGACAGCAUGGCCUGUCCACUCGAACGUCGAUGGAGAAACUACCUCCGAGUCUCCGAAGUACCCUGGCUUCAGGAUCACAGGAUUCAGUCAGACAUAAUCUUCCCGGGUGCCGGAUAUAUCGCUAUAGCUGUUGAAGCUAUCAUCCAGAUAAUCAAGGAUUCUGAUCAUAUUGAAGAACUUACCUUACAAGAUAUUCAGAUACGCUCAGCGAUGAUCGUACCAGAAGCAGCAGGAGUUGAAGUCAUGACUUCUCUUCGAGACUCUGAUAAGGCUCUGAUAGAUGAAGAAGACCAACGGUAUGAGUUUCAUAUAUAUUCGGUAUCCAGUGAUAACCGCUGGGUGGAACACUGUACAGGGGUGAUUGGCACUCAGACCGAUUCAAGUCUUAUUGAUGGUGAAAUGUUUGUGGAUCUCAAUGGGCACGUAACGGCCCCUGCAUCCAGCGACGCCAGCCAUAUUACGGUGGUUGACAUCCCCCAGUUCUAUGAAGAACUGCAUGUGGCGGGUUUAGAGUAUGGACCUUGUUUUUCAAACCUGAAAAUUGUCCACGCAACUCAACAAGGACUUUGUUUCGCCGAAGUCACGAUUCCAGAUACAGGAAGUGUGAUGCCGAUGAAUUUUGAGCACCCAUCCCUGAUUCACCCGUGUACUUUGGACAGCAUAUUCCACACCGUAUUCGCCGCACUACCUGACAUGAUGGGCCUAGAGAACGGCCCGCUUAUUCCAGUGUCGCUCGAGAAGAUGCAGAUUUCCAGUCAAAUCCAGAGAUCGGCGGGGGAGGUUCUCAGUAUAUGCACACACGUGCAGCCUGAACCGAAGAAAAAUAUUGUGGCCUCGAUAACUGCCACAGAUAAUGUUAAUAGUGUGAGCAGCACAAAACCAAAGCUCUCAAUUCAUGGACUUCGUUGUGCCCGCCUAGAACUUUCUUCGAGUCACGCUGAAAAAAAGGACAGUUUUGCAGUGGCUUAUGGAAUUGAGUGGCAGGCAGACCCAUCUUUCAUUUCCAGAGAGAAUGCAUCAAUUCCGUUCCAACAGCAAGGUGUAGAUCAAAUCCAGGUGCCUGAUUUGCGAGAAGAAUAUGAGAAGAUGGCAGAGUGUGUUAUAAAAGACACGAUUGUGACAUUAUCCGAAAAGAGUGACAAGAAAUUCGAGUCUCUGAACAGCAGAUACCGCGAUGAUUUUACGUCAAUCCUUGGGAUGCAUAACCAAGACAAUCAAAUCAACUCAUACAACGGACAAAUUGCCAAGGGGGAGGGGUUUCGGGGCGUUUCGGGAGAUAUGGAGGCUUUGCUUCGCGCUGUUUCUCGCCAUCUAUGUCCAUUUCCACCAAGAGACCUAGAGACCUUCAGAGACGCCCAGGGUGAAAUAUGGGGCACAUUCCGAAAUGGCAUUGCCAGGAAUCCAGCAUACUGCGCAGCAGCAAACUAUGUUGGCUUGAUUGGCAACAAGAAGCCCGACAUCUCUGUUCUGGAAAUCGGCGACGGAGGAAAUCGACCCUACAACUUGUUUUUGAGAAGACUGAUGCCACGUUGUGAUGAUGGCCAAAGCAGAACACCUCUCUGCAGCAGGUAUAUAUAUGGGUAUAGAGAUGACUAUGGACUUGACCAAGCAAAAGAGGAUCUUGCAGAUUGGAAGGAGGUGGUGAGCUUUGAGAAGGUGGUUGACCUUUCCGAGCAGGAAUUGGGCAAACAGGCUUACGAUGUCAUCAUUGCCCCAAAUGCCUUCUAUUCAUUGUAUUCUGCCAGUGAUGGACUUCUCAAAAUCAGAUCACUCCUGAAGCCAUUCGGCUAUCUGAUCAUACUAAAUACCCUCCAAACAGAAAGAAGCCUUUUGGAUACCGUUUUAGUGACCGCUUUCUACCAUUGGCCGCAUAGAAGGGUUGACUCCUUUGUUCACAAUGAAAGAAUAAGCGCAGAAAUCCUCCGUGGAGCUGGGUUCAAAACAGAGUACAUUAUGGAAGGUGCUUUGAUGGUUUGUCGUCCACAUUGUGAAACAGACUCAUUCGAUAAGAAAAUUUUGAUUAUUCGUGAAGACGAUAACGAGCUAUCAAUAAAUCUGUCGAAAGCUCUGAUGGAACAAUUGCCGGGCGAGUCGACUGCGUCGAAUCCGAUGGAAGCGCGCCCACAAGGCUGCAUCUGCAUUGUUCUUAGUGAUUUGAAUAGAAGCCUUUUCGAAGCCCCGGACAAUAAUCUACUAGAGAAAUUGAAGGAGAUCUUUUUGCAAAGUGAGGGUGUGCUCUGGGUGACCAGAGGAGGGACGAUGCACGCUACGAAUCCCCAGUGUGGACUUGCAAUUGGGUUCGCAAGAACAGCUCGCUCAGAAUCAGGAGUUCAGCCAAUAAUCACACUUGAUCUAGAUCCAAAUUUAUCAAUAAUGGAUGAAUCAAGGGUCAACAUCAUUAUUGAUCUGAUGAAACCCCAUUUCUUCCAAGGAGGACGACCGGAGCACGAUGUGGAAUACGCAGAGCGGGAAGGGAUCGUUCUGAUUCCUCGGGUGAUAAUUCAAGACGACUUGAAUUGCGACAUAAUGGAAAGAAACAAAAAAAUUAAAUCGUUCCAACAGCCGUUUCAUCAGCCAGGUAUAUGUCUAUUUCUCCAAUUGAACGAUGUGGGGGAAAACGAAGUCCACUUCACGGCCAGCAACGAAGUCGCGGAAAUUCCCGAGGGUCAUGUCGGCAUCAAAGUUUUCGCUUUUGCCAUAAGUGAAUUCGACAUAGAAGCUGAUAAAAACAUGGACGCUAUCUUUAGCGCCGUAGGAUACGGAUGUAGUGGGCAGGUCUGUGAGAUUGGGUCAAAUGUCCGUGGAUUUUCAGUGGGAGAUCGUGUGGCUUGCAUUGGAACGGGAACAGCGCGAAACUGCUACUACGAUCAGGCCUCGGCAUUCCAGAAGAUUGAAGAGAAUGUCUCAUAUGAGCUUGCUGCAUCCUUACCAUUGGCAUAUACAGCGGCAUACUACAUCGUUAACGAGUUAGCCAGAAUCAAGCGUGGGGGCACGGUCCUCAUACAUAAUGCAGCAAGCUGGUACGGAAAAGCGUUAGCUGAAAUAUGCAUGCUGAAUGGAUCAGAGAUCUUUGCGAUUGUAUCGAACGAAGAUUCGAAGAAUGAAAUCCUAGAGACAUUCGCAAUUGCAUCAUGGCAGGUCAUAGUUGACGGAAAGGACAACAUAGCACGGCGCCUUCUCGAACUCACCAAUGGCAAGCCGCCCAGCACUGUCAUAACGUCUGCUGAUUCAAACACCAAAAUAUUCAAGACUUUAUGCAAACUCACCGCGCCGUUCGGCCAUUUAAUUCAUCUUCGAACUCGUCCACUGGAAAGUCAUCAAGCGGUGGGCCUCUUCAGUUGGGACUUGAAGAACAUUUCGUUCUCAACGUUUGACAUCUUCAAUUUUCAAUACCAAACUAUUGUUCCGAUAUAUGAAAUCUGGUCUAAAGUCAUAUCUCUCUUCAAGCAGCGAAAAUUGCGUGGAUCUUCCUCCUAUUCUGUUCACAAGGUUACGAAUGUCACCAAUGCGAUGAGUGCAGUUUCUUCAGCGAAAUACGCCGUAAUAACGGCAAAUGCCGAUGAGAUUAUUUCAGCUACGACAGUGACUAGCUCGAAAGUUAUUUUCGACGAAGAGGCAUCGUACAUCUUGGUGGGCGGCCUCGGAGGGAUUGGACGUGAGAUUGCUUCUUGGAUGGUGGAGCAUGGCGCCAAGUACUUGGUUCUUGUCAAUCGCAGUGGCUUAGCCACGGACGCAGCUCAAUCUACCAUACGGCUGCUUCGUGAGCAUGGUGCUGAAGUGGUUGUGCGUGGUUGCGACAUAUCCGAUGAGCAGACUUUUAGUGAAAUGUACAUGGAAAUUUCGCAAACCAUGCCGCCCGUCAAGGGCCAAUAUGUUUGUUCACAUAAACAGGACGUUCAUAUUGAAAAAAUGGCAGCGGAAGACUAUAACACAGUCUUGCGUCCUAAAUAUGCUGGGACUUGGAACCUGCACAAAUACUUGCCUGCCGAUCUAGACUUCUUCGUGAUGCUGUCAUCUAUCAGUGGCGUGAUCGGAAACGCGACCCAAUCUGCCUACGCGGCUGGCUCCGCAUUCAUGGACUCCUUUGCAGCAUACCGGAACACACUAGGCUUGCCUGCAGUGUCGUUGGACCUUGGCACCAUUACAAGUGUAGGUUAUUUGGCAGAUAAUAAAGACCUAGCAGAGAAGAUGGCGAAACAAGGAUUCCAGAGCACGGACAUGAAAACGCUUUUGUCGCUUGUUGGGACUGCAAUCGCACAGCCACCCACGGGCACCCAUUCGCAGAUUGUGACCGGUCUUGGGGACUGGAAAUCUGGAAAGUCCCUAGCCAAUUUUGACGCGCCUCUCUUCUCUCACUUUAGAAGAAGGUUUCAAAUCAAUGAACCAUAUGAAGAGGGGAUUGACUACAUCGAUACGGUACGCGAGAGUCUGAGGGCCGCAGAGACUCGGGAUGAGGCUGUGCUGGCUGUCUUCGAGGCUUUGUCUGGCAAGAUUGCUGCGCAACUCAGUAUUCCAACAGAUAUAAUCAGCCCAGGGAGCCCACUCUCAGAGUUUGGCAUUGAUUCAACCGACGCUGUCGAGUUGAGAAACUGGAUAUCCGAAAAUAUGGAGAGCACAGUACCUGUCCUUGAAAUCCUCGCGAGCGGUUCAAUGAUCCAGCUAGCUGGGCACAUUGUCAGCCGGUCACAGUUGCUGAAUCGAAAUGACGAGACAUCAUAG